ACAAAAUCCAACUAUAAGUUUCGGUUCGCCGCUCUCGAGCGUAUAAGUCUCUGUUCUGCUCUGCUUCUCAAGAAUCUCAACAUACGACACUAAUUGAAUCGUUCCUGUCCGAUUAUGGAUCCGGAAUCUCUCAAAAACAGCACCGCCGCCGCCACCAGGAAGGUGAGAUUUGCGCCCAAGGCUCCUCGUAGAGUGCUGAAGUCUGUUGUGCCCAAAAGUGAAGUGGCUGAAGACGAUGAUGCUGCACAGGCCAAUGAAUUGAUGCGACAUUUCAAUGAAGCUUCUAUGAAGGGGAAGCCUAAAGCUGAAAAGAAAUUGGCACCUACACAAGUGGCAUUCGGUUAUGGGGGUGCAUCAGCUUCCAUUAGAUCAUAUGGCACUCCCAGGGGUGCCACUAAUAGUAGUCGAUAUCAAGAUCCAGCUUCUGGUGGUGGUCUUUAUGGCUCAGGUCUGAGUGAUCAUAAAGAAUACAAAGAACCAUGGGAUUACUACACUUAUUAUCCUGUAACUCUUCCCUUGAGGAGGCCAUAUUCAGGAAAUCCAGAGCUUCUUGAUGAGGAGGAAUUUGGGGAGGCUUCAGAGAGCACAGCUUAUGAUGAAAAUUCCACAAAUCCAGCAAUGGAGCUAGGCCUAAUGGAUGAAAAUCAGGAAGCAAGUAUGCUCUUUCUUCAGUUACCAGCAACCAUGCCUAUGAUAAAGCAAGCUGCUACUGCAGAGGUCAAGAAGAAUGCCAGCAGCUCAAAGCCACCUGAGGAUGCUGGUCAAGCCAACAGAUUGAAGCCUCCUGAGGGUGCAGGUUUGAUACAGAAGACCUGCAGAUUGGAAGAGUUGCCUUCAGGUUUCAUGGGUAAAAUGCUGGUGUACAAGAGUGGUGCUAUCAAGCUGAAGCUUGGUGACACACUUUAUGAUGUUUCCCCAGGUUUGGAUUGUGUGUUUGCUCAGGAUGUUGUAGCCAUCAAUACUGAAGAUAAAUGCUGUUGUGUUUUGGGGGAGCUCAAAAAACGUGCAGUUGUAACUCCAGAUGUGGACUCGGCCUUAAGUAGUAUGGAUGAUUUGGGAUAAUUUUGCUCAUCAGCAACAGGGUUGUACCCUGAAGAGACUGCGAGAUAUUUUUUUUCGAAAGAAAAUGUAUAGCGGCUUAGACUUCACUCAUUUUUUAAAUUCCUGGUUAGAAAUAUUCAGAGAAGAGAGAUGAGAGGUUUCAACAGGAAGGUAUGAACUUCCUUUAGAAGAAAAAAAUGAAAGGGAAAAAAAAUAAAAAUGGGUUCUUUUUUUUGGUGUGUUCCUAAACAUGAUUGUGAUAUUUGCUGCUCAUCUUUAUUUAAAAUGAUCUUACUGCAAAUUGGAUGAUAUCAUCGAAUGAAAUACAUUGCACACAAAUACUAAUGCAAUAUUUAUUUA